AAUGAGCAGGGCGAUAGCAAACGCACAUUGGCAGAUAAACUAUGUAGUGAAAUGAAUGAGUGGGAAAAAGAAGAUUUGAAAAGUAAUCCGUUUAUGCAGUAUGUGGUGAAAAAACUAUAUAACGGGAAGCAACCAAGCGCCAAUGGCAAAUCACAAAAUACAACGUGCAACUUUUUACAAAACAUCAUAAAUCCAUUAAAAGGCGUGCAGAAAAUAGAGGAAAUUUGUCAAGAAAUGCCAAAAGAAUGGACAAUAUUGCAAUUGUGUAAAGGCCCGCGUACGGAGACAACAUAUUCAGUUUAUCCACAAAUUCAUGAAUUGGAUGCGAGCAUUUAUGUAACUGUGUUAAGGCAUGUACGUAGUGCUGAAUAUCCCACACCGAUUAGCCUGCGCUUUAGCGGUCCAGAGCAGAAGGAACUUUUUCGAAAAUACGCCAAUAUUGCAAAUCAAUUUAGGCAAUGCAUUAAUGUUGAUCCCAAAGAGUACAACACAAAAGAAUCGAAAAAAAUGUAUUGGGAUAUGCUGACGGAAUUAGAUCAAUAUAUUGCGCAAGUGCUGAAAGAGUUGAAGAAUUUCUUUUUCCCUUGGAGUUUCCUCUUCACUGGCCAAUCGUACAUGAGAGCUUCGCCGGAAGCCAAUGCGCUAAUGACGCAGCAAAAGCAAGCAUUCGCCAGUGUCGAUGACUUUUGCAAUGAGCAUCGCUGGCUAGUGAAAGAACAUGUAUUGCUCUCCUUGACCGCCAUGAAUGUCGAUGCGCUGUCUGAACUCGAAAUUCAUGCAAUUUGCGCUUUGCUCACCAGCAGCGAACGCGAAAGGAGUAACGCUGCUAAAUUACUACUGAAGCUACAAAAUGCGCCAGCAGGCGCUGAAGGUAUUGCUGAAGGCGACAAUAGUGGCGCACCAACAGGUCCCUCCACUCAUCACUAUCCCGUCAUUUUAAUUGUGGAUGAGCGUCUUGAUCAUUUCUUUUGGGAGGAAAUAAAUACUCAACAAGAAUUUUGCCGUGUCAAUUCUCUACAAUGUCUCUGGCGUCUACACAGUCUCUAUGGUGAGCGUAUGCAUCGCGGUUAUUUACCCGUCAACAUUGUGGACGGUGGUUGCCUGCUGAAUCCCGAUAACAAUUUGCCAAAAACCGAGACACGCAUGCGCUCCUUUUUCGAGUAUUGGCUACCGCAUUGGCAGCGAAAAGUCGGACAGAAGCCAACACAGGAUGAACUGCUUAAGGACUUCUUCAAGCGCAGCUGUUAUGUGUAAGCAUUUUGGUGUUGCUAAUUAUGUUGCACGUUUACCUUUACAGUUUAAUACACACAAAGAGGUUAAUCGACU